AUGGGUGAAGCUAUGCUGAAGGAGGACCCUCUAACGAGGAUACAGAGGGAGAUCAUCGAGGUGACGGAACGCGAGCGCGAGUUCAAGGAGGGCCACUUCAGGAUGAACAGACUACUGUCCGAGUCCACGAUAGACGUGGCCAAGCAGAACGGCCACGUGAACGGCGACGCAGAGAAGCCCCCCAAGACCCUGAGCCGGGCGGUCUCCACGUCGCAGCUGCUGGGGCCGAUCGCGCCCUCGCCGCCGCCCGCGCACACGCUCCUCAACACGAACGGCUACACGCGCCGCUUCACGCCGCAGACCGGCACCAAGGGGAUCAUGCAGCGGUUCAUCGCGAGCAAGGGGAAGAUGCCUGUCGCGUCGCCCGUCUCGCCCACGUCGCCCGUCGGCCUCCAGCCGCCGCUCACCAGCCCGGUGGCGAUGCCCGCUCUGAUCGCACCCGCGGCCAUCACGCGCACCCCCGAGGGCAAGCCCGUGCGCAGGGGCUACGUGCCGGUCGAGGAGAAGAUCCAGCGGGAGCUCCGCGAGAUGAAGGACCGCGAGCACGAGCUGAGGAGGAUGCGCAAGAAGCAGAGGCCGUUCGACAUCGAGCUCAGCGAGGACGAGACCAGCUCGGACGAGGAGGAUGUGCCGCUGCCGGGCAAGCUGAAGGCGACCAAGUCGAUAGGCGAGCUUUACGAGGCCCUCAACGAAGAGCUGCGCUCGCCUUCGCCGCGCGCGAGCCCCGGCAACGACUCGCCGGCCAGCCUCAAGCCCGCCAAGUCGCUGGCGGAGCUGUGCGAGCUGGCGCCUGGACAAGAAUUCCUGGCGCCGAGCUCGACGCGCCUCAUCGCGCAGUGGGAGUCGAUCAUCCAGCAGAAGCAGGAGGCGGGCGCCGCC